AUGCAGUGGGAAAAAGGAAAGCGCUUGGGAAAAGGAGGCUUCGGAGAGGUGUUCGUAGCCCACCUAAUGAACUCCAACAUACGAACUAUGGCGGUGAAAUCCGCGGCGGAAGACAAAGCCGCGACUCUGUUCGCCGAGCACAAGAUUCUCACCAGAUUCCGAAACGCCCCCGGAAUCAUCCAAUGCUUCUACGAUCAGCCUAUCGAAGACUACACAGAGGGGACCGUCAGCUACAAUUUGUUUAUGGAGUACGCUCGCGGCGGAUCGCUCACCAAUCUGAUCGGCGGCGGAAUCCCGGAGAGCGAAGUUAGGGUUUACACCCGCAUGAUCCUCAGCGCUCUGUAUUUGAUCCACUGGGCCGGAUACGUCCACUGCGACAUAAAGCCAGACAACAUCCUCGCUUUCCCGCGGGAAACAGGAACAGGGGUUUGCUGGGAAUUGAAGAUAGCAGACUUUGGUUUGGCGGUGGAGUCAUCGAAGUUGAUUCAGGGGAGUGCGGACUACAGGGGGACUACGCGGUACAAGUCGCCGGAGAUGGUGGCGUCCGGCGAGCUCACGCCGGCGGUCGACGUGUGGGCUCUGGGAUGCACGGUGCUGGAGAUGCUGACGGGGCGGCGUCCGUGGAGCGAAUUGAAGAAGAAGGAGGAGGUGAAGUGGAGAAUCGCAAAAGGGGGCAUGCCGGAGAUUCCCCAGUGGGUGUCCGAGGAAGGGAAAGAUUUCCUCAGAAAGUGUUUCGCCAAGGAUGUCAACAGCCGCUGGUGUGUCCGUCGGUUUCUCGAGCAUUCCUUCGUGGCGGCGGAUCGUCAUGGCGGUGGAUUUGGUGGAGCGGCGGUUGUCGGAGGAGGACGAGUAUUGGGCCUGCGGCGGGAAAUAGAAAGACGUUGGCAAGAAGACAAGAAACAGAGCAAGAGAUCCCCUGCUGCUGCUGACUUUCCGUUGCUUCCUCAUCAGCUUUUGGGACAGGGAAUCAAGACUGUUCUGAGGUGCAGAUGA